ACACUGACGACGUGAAUUUACGACUUUGCGACAGAGACGAUGGCGACGGCAGACGAGACGGAAGUGAAGCAGACAGACGUCGCGCAGGUCGAAGAGAAUGAUGAUGGAGUGCCGAGCCAAGUAAACGAGUACAAAAUCGGGGAAUUCUUGGGCGAAGGCGCGUACUCCAAGGUGUACUUGUGCUACAAGACUGUUAACUUCCUCCGCACCAACUACGCGCUAAAGAUCCUAAACAAGUCGUUCUUGAAACGCAAGCGCGAGAUCAAGAUGGUGAACGGUCGUCCGGUUCACUCGAACGCAUUCAACAAGGUCGAAAAGGAAGUCGCGAUCAUGAAGAAGUUGAAUCACCCGAACUUGACCAAACUACACGAAGUCAUCGACGACGCUGAGCACGACAAGAUGUACCUCGUGCUGGAGCUCGUCAAGGGCGGGCAAGUCAUGGACUGGGACCAGCAAGCGAUGCUGUACAACUACAUGGGCGCGGAAGAACCCGCCCCUGCGAGUAUCGUGCAGACGUGCAUGCUCGACAUCGCGCUAGCGCUGGAAUAUUUGCACGCAAACCAAAUAUGCCACCGUGACAUCAAGCCUGAAAACGUACUGCGAUCAAACGAUAGUGUCCACUACAAGCUCAGCGACUUUGGCGUCGCGCACAUGUUUUCUGAAGAUGACCCCUCGUCCAACCAACUCAAAAAUACCGAAGGCACGUACCAUUACCUGGCGCCGGAAUGCACAGUCGGGAAAGCCUUUGACCCAUUCAAGGUCGACGUGUGGGCGCUCGGGGUCACGAUGUACGCGAUGCUGUUUCGGCGCCUUCCGUUUGCGCACUCGCCAGAGUCCAUGUCGGGCGGCGCGCUGGCAAUCAUGGAAUGCAUCCGCGAAGAUGCCCUCGACUUCCCGACACCGGAUGUCGACGACGACUGCGUCGAUAUCCUUCGCCGCCUCAUGGACAAGAACCCUGACACACGGAUAACGUUGGCCGAGCUCAAGGACCACCCAUGGCUACACCACGCCAAGCAAGCCCUGCUAGACCAGGAUGAAGAAAAUGCUGCCCUCGCCAUGCGCGUGUCGGUGGUGUCCAUCUCCGAUUCGGAUAUCAACCUGGCAUUCACACCCGUCAAUAACCUCCUGCUUAUGGUGAAAAUCAAAAUGAAGUUUGGAGCCAAGCUGCGUGAAAUUCGCAGUAGCAUCACCGACCGCAAAAACUCGAGCUCGGAAGACACCGUUGCCCAGCAAGAUGUGCCAGCAGCUAGCCCGGUGGCCUCUUUGCCAACCAGCUCCCCGGUGCAACUUUCCAUGGCUGACAUAUCGUUGGACACGCCAAGUGUCCCCGUGGCUGCUCCGUCUGUGCCACCGCCAUUGAAGCUAUCAGAGCCAGAAGAAGCGCAGGAUGUCGUGCAUCAAGUCAUUGGUCGACCGCCUUCGAACGAGGCGAUUGCGCGCAGCCCGGCCAAGCGAGGUCGCAGUUUGAGCGACAAGUUUUUCCAGCGGCAGAGUUCAAAAAGCGUCGAUGGCAAGAAGCAAAAGGAUUGUCAGAUCAUGUAGUGUGUGCUCGAACGAAAAAGGUUGUGUACAAUCGAUGCACGUGGGCAUCCACUUUACAGCGUCAAGCCCUCACUGGUCCCCCGAUUUAAACGGAGCACCGUUGCCUGUUUCGUGAAAGG